GAUCAUCAGAAUGUCAUCCACGCGGAAUUGGCCGAUCUUCACUUUAGCAAAGACCCUUAGAGUGACAAUCACUGCCGCAAUGACCAUUGCGGCCCAGAUCCCUUUCUCCAAGGCUGGGCCGUCAUCUGGCUCCCGUUGAGCCAUGUUGUGUGCCCCAGACCUGCCCUGGAAGAUGAAAGAGCGUUACAAGUGUAUCUAUUGACAGUGCUCAAGUGGAGGAAAGCAUGGUCGACAACUGCAUCAAGCUGGUCUUGACCUUUGCCUAAUAGUUGGAAAUAGCAACUAUAAUAAUUAUGACAUUUUAGAGUUUGGAGAAGAGGUCGAAAACGGACACAGACUUCUGGCUAAAUUGAGAGCAAGCGAGAUGAAAUCCAAGGUUAUCCCCGCACCUCCCAUGGUUCCGGCUUUUCUUAUGACGAAGAGGAGGUUUUGACAAAUAGAACUGCCGGCAUCGGGUCGAAAGAGCAACCAGGAAACCAGCUGUGGCUGGUUGAACGGAUCUUUGGACUUGCUGCUCAACUUUAGGGUUCCUGCAUGGAAGCCAUCCGGAAGCUGAGGAUUGAGCAAGUCACUCUGAACCAAAUCAUGGCGUGGGCCUUCUAUUGAACCGGAGGGUGUGCUCCACUGCAGAAGUCUUCAUGAUUCACGCUUCGGCUGUUGUUCGCGUGGUGAACCGUGAGCAGCAGACGUUUUAUACAGAUCCAUCGACGUUGCCAGUCAGAAGUGGAACUGAAAGGCUGCCAAAAUUUCACUUCAAUGUCAAUCCAGCCGAUCACAGGACUAGAUAUCGUCGAUCAUACCCUGAUCGUACUCAUUUUUGGACUACACAACGGCCUCUCGCCACCGGAACAACGGAGAUUAGGCACUUCGAUCCAGGAUCCGCCCGUUGUUCCAAGCCCUUGCUCAGACCAAGCAUUGAGCCAUUAGGGGGUCUAGGGCACCAUUUAGGGUGCCAAGGACAGGAACACGAGAGAGCAAGAAACGGAGCCACUAUACCCGGUUCGGUAGAUGAACACGAAAAGGCUUGUUCUCCGUGGAACUUGGGUGAAUCUGGGUCAAAUUAUCAAAUAGUGCCGAAAAUUGGGGACUUGACUUCUGUGCCAGAUUGACGAAUUCUCACAGAAUAUCGAACGGCUCCCUCACUGAUUGGUCCAGGGCCCACACCGCUGUAGGCAGAAUCAGAGUUUUCGGUCCAUAUCCGGAAUGUUUUUUAGGGCUAAAGAAUCUAAGAGGGAGGAAAGGGAGGAAGAAGAUGGCCAUCUUGUGCUGAAGAAGAGGAGGAUGUAAAUUGAAAAGGGUCUCCUUAUAGAAACUUGACACUCCAACGCGGUGCCUGGCCCUAACACAGGCGCGGAUCGAUCUGGGGACGGAGGUAACUCAGGACAGACAAUGCUCCGGGCGAUAUAUCUGAAGCACUGGUCGGAUGUGACCG